AUGGUUCUCGCCUAUCCAGCAGGUGCAGCAACCGUGUCACUCCUCGUGAUAGGCGGCUAUAUGCUGUUUACCGGGGAUGGCGAGUCGUUUAACGUCGGCCAAUUCCUCGAAGAUGUGUCUCCGUACGCUUGGGCAAAUAUUGGUAUUGGGAUGUGUAUAGGUUUAUCGGUGGUUGGUGCGGCAUGGGGUAUCUUCCUUACCGGCUCAUCGAUCGUUGGCGGAGGUGUCAAGGCGCCCAGAAUCCGGACAAAGAACCUGAUCUCGAUUAUUUUCUGUGAAGUCGUGGCUAUCUAUGGUGUGAUUAUGGCGAUUGUUUUCUCGUCGAAACUCAACCUCGUCACCGAUGAGGAGGUCUUCUCUGGCACCAACUACUACACUGGAUAUGCGCUUUUCUGGGGAGGAAUCACUGUCGGCAUGUGCAAUCUGAUUUGCGGUAUCUCCGUUGGUAUCAACGGAAGUGGUGCGGCUUUGGCUGAUGCCGCUGAUGCAAGCUUGUUCGUCAAGAUUCUUGUCAUCGAGAUUUUCAGUUCCGUUCUCGGUCUCUUCGGGUUGAUUGUUGGACUGUUGAUGGCAGGGAAGGCGGCAGAUUUUGGUGCUCAAUGA